AUGGACCCGACUGAGCACAAGUCUGCCGAUGAGGAAGUUACGCGUCUGCGAUGGCAGGGUGAAGACGAAGAGUCGGGCAAUCAGACAAGGAGCAGUCGUCCUGAACUGAUCCGCACUGCUUCGGCUGCCUCGAGCUCGCAUGUCUCUGUCCACAGUCGUCAUAGGAGAACCAUUGUCGACCCUUCCGUGUCGUUGCCAAUCCACUAUCGAACAAUCUCAUUUGAUAUUGACGAAGCCAAAGAACGGGAAGAGCGUGAAAAAGCAAAAGAACAAAGUGGUGUCGCUGCAGAUCUUUCUCACCUCGACUGGCAUACAAUCUCCGUCGAAGAGCUCCAAAAACGAUGGCAAGUGGACAUCUCGCAAGGUCUCUCCCCGAGUCAGGUCCAGGAACAGCUCCAUCAAUACGGCAAAAAUGCGCUGUCACCUUUGCCGCAUCAAUGGUUCUGGCAGAUAUUCGGCUACUUCUUCAAGGGAUUUGGUGCCAUCCUCCUGAUCGGAUGUAUUCUCGUGUUUAUUUCCUGGAAACCCCUCGGUCAACCACCUGCUCUGGCAAACCUCGCCCUAGCGAUUGUUCUCCUUGCCGUCUUUUUCAUCCAGGCAGCCUUCAACGCAUGGCAAGACUGGUCAUCGUCCAGAGUCAUGGCAUCCAUCACGGCCAUGCUGCCUGAAAGCUGCCUGGUCAUGCGGGGUGGUUCACUCGUAGUCGUGUCAGCUCCGGAUAUUGUGCCGGGUGAUGUUGUGCAUCUCAAGGCGGGCAAUAAACUCCCAGCAGAUAUCCGUUUUGUCGAGGUUUCGAAUGAUGCAUGCUUCGACCGAUCGAUACUUACCGGCGAAUCGCUUCCCAUCAACGGGACGGUGGACUCGACAGAUGAGAACUACCUCGAGACUCAUAAUGUCGGUCUACAAGGAACGCAUUGCGUCUCGGGAAGUGUGGCAGGCAUUGUCGUGUCAACCGGAGACGCAACAGUGUUUGGUCGAAUCGCGAAGCUCACCAGUGAGCCGAAGACGGGCUUGACCACCUUGGAAAAGGAAGUCUUACGAUUCGUCGCUCUCAUAGUGUUGAUUAUGCUGACCAUGAUUAUCGUGAUUAUUAUUGUCUGGGCUACCUGGCUGCGAAGAGAUCACCCGGACUGGAUCAACGUUCCAACGCUAAUAGUGGACUGCGUCAGCGUUGCCAUCGCGUUUAUCCCUGAAGGCUUGCCGAUUGCUCUGACUGCCAACUUGACCAUUACUGCCAAUCUGAUGAGCAAGAACAAGAUUCUCUGCAAGUCCCUCAAGACGGUUGAGACCCUUGGCUCGGUAUCAGUCAUUUGUUCCGACAAGACCGGUACUUUGACCAAGAAUAGAAUGUUCGUCACCGACUGUGCGGUUUCUAUCUCCACGUUCACCUCGGACGGAGCAAGAGAUGAAAUGGUCCUAAAAGGAAAGGCAUCGGCGAUUCACCAACUUCGUGCAGUUGCUGGCCUCUGCAACGCUGCCGAGUUUGAUGCGGCCACCAUGAAUCUGCCCGUCCACGAGAGAAAGAUCAUCGGUGAUGCCACUGAUCAGGCGAUUUUACGAUUCUCCGAAGGAUUGAGCCCCGUCUCCGAGCUGCGUAGCAUGUGGAAGAAGACAUACGAUCUUGCCUUCAACAGCAAGAACAAGUUCAUGGUGCGCACAUUCAGUCUAGUGGACAGGGCAGGACUCGGCCACGCCAUGUCGCCCGCUGAGUCGACCCAAUUCGGGCAUGAUGAUACAUUGCUUACCAUCAAGGGCGCUCCCGACAUCCUCAUUGACCGCUGCACGCAUGUCGUGAGUGUUGAUGGCAGUGUGCAGGCACUCAAUGCCAGUACACUCAACCGAUUGAAGCAGAUUAAAGACCAAUGGUCCAACGAAGGCAAACGCGUGAUCCUGCUGGCUAGGAAAACCUUCUCAGCGGGCCAAGUACAGAGUUCACCCUUCUCCCACUUGUUCGAAUCCGAAGUGAUGAACCAGAUCAAAACCGGUCUUGUCUUAGUGGGCCUGGUCGGUAUUGUCGAUCCGCCUCGAGACGAGAUUCCGGACGUGAUAAGAACACUGAGGCGGGCAGGAAUCAGGAUCUUCAUGGUGACGGGUGACUUCGGCCUGACAGCUCUCGAGAUCGCGCGCCAGUGCGGUAUCGUCACCGCAGGAGUGCCUGUAGACGAUGCAACGGCCCUGAAGAGAUAUCCUUCAGUCGAUGACAAAUUCAACGAGAAGGCCCGAUCGCCUGCAAUCACCCUCAGUGGGAGUGAAUUGAUGGCUCUGAACGAACAUCAGUGGGACCAGCUCUGCCAGUACAAGGAAAUUGUCUUCUGGAGAACCACGCCGGAGCAGAAACUGCGGAUUGUUCGCGAGUUCCAAGCGCGAGAGGAGAUUGUAGGAAUGACAGGUGACGGCGUGAACGAUGCCCCGUCCCUCAAGGCAGCUGACAUCGGCAUCGCGCUGGGAAGCGGGUCAGAUAUUGCCAUUGAGGCGUCUGACAUGGUUCUCCUGGAUUCCUUCUCGGCUAUUGUCGAAGCAGUGCAGUAUGGAAGAGUUGUUUUCGAUAACUUGAAGAAGACAAUCAUCUACUUGCUUCCUGCUGGCUCCUGGUCCGAGUUCUGGCCGGUCAUGACCAGUGUGGUCUUUGGUCUUCCGCAGGUUUUGUCCUCGUUUCUGAUGAUCAUCAUCUGCUGCUUCACCGACUGCGCGGCGGCCACUGUUCUGGCGUACGAGGCUCCCGAAGCGGACGUCCUGCUUCGACCGCCCCGCAGACCCAAGAAGGAACGACUGGUGAAUUGGAAGCUCAUCCUUCAGGCAUACGGAGUCAUCGGCAUGCUGGAGACUCUAGCGUCGUUUGCCAUGGCCUACUGGUACCUGCAGCGCAAUGGCAUUCCAUUUUCGGCCCUGUGGUUCAAGUUCGGCGCCGUGCCAGCCAACGUCGAUCCUGACUGGUACACUGCCCGACUGAACGAGGCGAGUUCAGUAUAUUUCAUCAACUUGGUUGUAAUGCAAUGGUUCAAUUUGAUGGCCAUCCGAACCCGCCGAUUGUCGAUCUUCUCGCACCCGCCCGCCUUCAAUAAGAAAACGCAGAACCUGCUCUUAUUCCCGGCGAUCCUUUUCGCCCUGGGGAUUGCUGUACUCUGGCUGUACAUUCCGCCCUUACAACGGGUGCUGGACACGACUAGUGUCCCGGCCGAGCACUACUUCCUGCCGGCCGCUUUUGGUCUGGGAAUCCUUGGUUUGGACGAACUGCGCAAAGCCGCCGUGAGGAGAUGGCCACAGGGUAUUUUGGCCAGGAUGGCUUGGUAA